GGCGCCGGUGUGGGGGGGCUGGGCGCGCGCAGUGACGCGUCGCCCUGUGCGCGCGCGCCGCGCUAGCCGCCUGCUAGCGGCCGCGGUGCAUGUACGCGGCGGCGGGCGGCGCCUCGCUCGCGGGCCGAAAGGCGCGCCAGCACGGCCGCCAGCCCGCGCCGUCGAGCCCGAGCACCCCCGUCCACCCCGCGCCCACCGGCGUCCGCGCAUACUCCUGCCAGCACUGGGAAUCUCGCCUACUCGCGCCGCCGUCAAACGUCCACCCGCCCCGCCCCCUCUCUGCCCUCUCCGAGCCACAUUCGCCAUGCGACGUCGUCGAGGUAUACUUACAUGCCUUGCGCAGCGGGUCGCGCGGCGUGGCAGGAGGCGGCGGCGCUGUCGGUCGGCGGCGGCGGCGCCGGGGCCGGCGGCGCAGCGCGCAGGUGCUCUGUGCUCGGCGACCACCCGGGCGCACGCCGCGACCCCAACAACAAAUGGCGGAGAAACAAUCGAGUACGAGACGCGUCAUACGGUUCAUCAUCGGACUCCGACGGGGAGCCGGAAGGCACGUCUGGGGAGCCAUGGGGCGUUGCACGGCUUCUGUAUGCUGGACUCGGCACGCUUGCCGUCGGACUUGUUGUCUACUUCGUUGGCACCGGGGACAAGGGUUUCAAAACGCCAGCACUGCGGUUGGUGGGCCCGUCGCUGAUUGUGGCUGGGUUGGCGUGCUGCCUGCUGCGAAUCGCCUUCUGUAUCUUCGCCAAACCCUGCUGCCGCCGCCGGACCAACUACAAGGAGAACAGAAGACUGGAUGGGUGUGGGGAGGGCGAGGAGAUGCCGUUGGCUCGUGGUCCGAGGACAGGUCCUGCGCAGUGCUCGCCAGCACGUCGCCUGGACGCGUCGUCCUGCGACGUGUCAAGUCUCUCCAGUGGCGAGGAGGACGAGCGUUUAAGGCGGUACCGCACCGCCGCUCCACCACCUCCGCCUGCCUCGCAUUCCGCACCUGCUCAUCUGCAGCAGGGCGCAGUCCAACAAAUCGCGGUGCAAGAGAAAGCAGAGCCAGCCGCUGUAUCUGCACAGCCCACGGCAAUGUCCUCGGGUGUGGCGCGCACGCGACCGCCGCCCCGCAACGUCUCCUUCGCCGGGCCCGACGGUGAACUGGUGCUAAGUCCGGCGCAGCUGCGCUCCUAACCAAGCAAUAAGCGUUCUCGCAAUACCCCUUCUUUGAACUCAUGACCAUGCUACUCGCGGAGUGAUCGGAUCUGUUAAAGGUUUGUUAUAAAUAAAAAAAACACAUUUUCAUAAUUAGGUUCAGAUGGUUCAGUCGCAAGAAGCGUAAAAUGCAGGUUAUACAGCUCGUUGUAAUACAUAGCUGGAAUAUCAAUUUUGUUCUUUUUAUAGACAUAUAGAAGUUGUUCUUUAGUGACUCAAGUGUGGAUGCGUUUGCUCCGCGAGUGAUAUUUCGUGUCGCUCUCAGGACAAUGUGACUCUAGGCGUAUCGCUUUGGAUAUCAAUGAUGUGAUAUCGUGGACUUUCCGUUAGGUAAGUACUUAAUCUUCGACUAAGCGACGACGAAUUGAUAAUUUGCACGUUUGAUAUUAUCGCAAGCUCCUUUCGUAUCUAAUUUUAAAUCUACUUUGCUAAUACCAAUCGAUUCAAACCAUUUUACUUUAACUGAUUCCGCGACCAAAGUGAGCUGGUGUUGGCCCCAUUGAGAUCUUAGCGGUGCUUGGAGAACUUUACAUUGUAUUUAUCUAUGGCCUUUAAACAAAUAUUUAGGUCUACGAAAGUGCUACGCACUGCAGGUGUAUCUACGUUUUAUACGAAAUACAAAUUUGCGUAUCAUAAUUGAAGUUCUCCUAGAACUUUGGAAAAAUCUCACAAAAAAUGUGCUAUCGAACUGGGGGCCCGCAACAGCGCCCUUUGAUGUAGUCUACUCAUUUACACGUUCAAUCUAACUAUGUAGCGUUAAUGAAUGUGCUAGAUAGUUCCAUCCAUCCUAAGCCAACUGUUGCCGACACGCAGCGAAGUCUGGGUCUUGCCAUUUCGAAAGUUUGCAAGCGUUAUUGCUACGCAAAAGACCAAUCAUAUAUAUACAUAAUUAAAUACGGCGUCCGCGGCAACGUGACCGCCAUGUCCAUGUUACAUUUUAAUUUAUUGAAACUCGAAUAAAGACCACACCUCGUUCGCGUUCGGAACUAAAUAGUGAAUAUAAAUUAAACAUAAUUGUGUUAAAACUGCCUAUUACUAGACGCGAAUUUAUAAUUAAAUAUAAAAUUCAUUAAAUAGAGUUAUAACUGACAAUAAUGAUUGUUAACUGAUGUAUAGAGUGUUACGGCGUAUGUGAGUUUAUUUUGUUUUGAUUAUGUCCAACAAAUGCGCGUAUAUCAAGU